AUCACCAGCAAAGUAAUGAUGAAGUCCAGUACAUAAACUUAAGUAAUGCACGUCAAGAAAUGCAACCAUCACAAGUAGAUGAGCCGCGAACAAUCCCUGAAAUUUUAGAAGAAUUGCGUUCAUUGAAAGCACAAACUAAUAAUAAUCAGGAGGCAAAUCAGAAACUUGUUCAAAGAUUGACGGAGGAGGUAAUAACUCUUCAAACAGAGAUUAGAGAACUAAAGAAGCUACAUUCGGUGGAAAGUGAUGUUAUACUUUUGCCGUCUCAGCCGUUUAUUUCACUUGCCUGUUUUGAAGAAUUUGACUCAAAACUUUUAGCUAAUGAAGAAAUACGAGUUGCAUUCAAAGAAGCGAUCCAAAAAGUAGGAGGAAAUAGUGCACCUUGCUUUCUCAAAAUGGCCAUUAAGAGUAUAAUUGCAGAUGAACUUGCUGUGGGGAUGACUUGGCGCGGUACGGCAGAAAAGCCCAGCUUCCAAAAAUUUGCCACUUUUCAGUUUAUAAAAGAUAUUUGCCAUAUUAAAUUUAGCAACCUUACAGACCUGGAAAUAAAUAAAAUUUGUCAGCAACGUUUUCUCCAUGCAAGAGAUAGGAUAUGCAAAAGGCAAAAAAGAAUGACAACAAAUAAGUAA